ACAAGCUUAGUACAUAUAUAUCUCUUGAAAUUGUAAAUAUAAAAAAUUAAAUUUGAAAAAAUGGACCAAGAACAACCAAUGAAGCAUGUUCACGACACAGUUAGGGAAUUAAAUGCGCAAGAAGCGGCCAGCCAUGACCAAUCCACCACCCCUAAUGCUCAUACCAAUGCGGUCGCUCACCAGAAAGAUGCUGUCGGCGUUCAGGGGAUCCAAUCAAGCCCACUAGUGUCACGGACGGAUCAGCGAGGGGAAAUCACCAUCGGAGAAGCACUCGAAGCUACGGCUCUCACGGCGGGCCACCGCCCCGUCGACUACAGCGAUGCCGCUGCCAUACAGGCCGCGGAGGUCAGGGCAACCGGCCGUACCAACAUCGUGCCAGGUGGCGUCGCUGCAGCGGCUCAAUCCGCUGCCACUCGCAACGCUAGAUUGCCUAAUGAUGAGGAGAAGACCAAACUCGGAGAAAUUCUUUCGGAUGCAAGUUCAAAGCUACCUUCGGACAAGCCGGUGACGCGUAGAGAUGCGGAGGGAGUGAUCGGCGCUGAGCUGAGGAACGAUCCAAACCUGUGCACCCGGCCGGGCGGUGUAGCGGCCUCCGUUGCAGCCGCGGCGAGGCUUAACCAGACAAAUGCUUCUAAUAAUAAUCAAAACAAAACCAACUAAACAAAACUUCUAUUCUUUAGCCUUUUUUGCAUUAUUUUUGGUUAUAUAUACUAACUCAUUGUGUUGUCAUUUGUUCAACUUAGAAAUAAACUUAUAAGUUUUCCAGGUCAUCAUUUACAAAGAUCUUGUUUUCAUUUAAGGGAUUGUAUAUGUACAUACACGUUAUAUUUGGAAUUUGGCUUAUUUUAAUAUAGUAGUACUCCAUAUAUACACACCAUCCUUGGCUUGUUCUUCCUCCUUUGUUCAUCACUGUUUUGUAAGUUUUCUAAUCGAACAUCUUUUCUACGUAUUGGCUAAGUGAUUGUAUUUAUUAGUUAAAUAAGAUAAGAAUUGUUUCUCUUC